AUGAGUGGCCUCUCUACUUCGUUAAAUACUGAAUUAUUGGCACUCUCUAAUGAAGCUAGACGGAAGCAUCCGGAAAUAAAAGAAGCUGCAGAACGAUCAAUAUUUAUUCUGAGAACAAUCAAGGAACGACCUGGUUUUGAUAUAUCACAGGAAUUAGCAAAGAACUCUGACUUCCUGCGUCCAUUCGUGCUAGCAUGCGAAACGAAACACAUAAAGUUGGUCACUAUAUCUAUAGGCAGCUUACAAAAAUUAAUAUCUCGUCAUGCCAUUCCCGAGACGUCGAUAAAAAUGAUCUUGAAGACCCUUAACGACAUAGUGUCGCAGGGCGUUGAUAUCCAACUCAAGAUUUUACAGACGUUGCCAUCACUUCUCAGCAAUUACGACUCUUUACACGGAGAUCUAUUGGCUGAAGCCUUGUUACUUUGCUUUAGACUACAAGACUCAAAGAUCGUCGUUGUUAAUAACACCGCAGCUGCAACCUUGCGUCAAUUGGUGAUUAAUAUCUUUGAGAAAGUAGAAUUGGAAGACGAAAGAAAUCAGAAAGAUGGUAUGCAAAGCCCUAACUCGAUAUUUUCAAUUGUUACACCGCGUCCAGCCCAAUAUUAG